GGUUGUUUUCAUGAAGAGCGGCAAGCAGUCGCCAAGGAACUAAGUGAGACUACUUUUUAUUGCUUUUCUAACAAAUAUCGAGGAUGCCUCGUCCGGGGAGAAACACGUACAGCGACCAGAAGCCACCUUACUCCUACAUCUCUCUCACCGCCAUGGCGAUCCAGAGCUGCCCAGAGAAGAUGCUGCCUCUCAGUGAAAUUUACAAGUUCAUCAUGGAUAGAUUCCCUUAUUAUAGAGAAAACACUCAGCGGUGGCAAAACUCUCUGCGACACAACCUGUCCUUCAACGACUGUUUCAUUAAAAUCCCCCGGCGCCCAGAUCAACCAGGUAAGGGCAGUUUCUGGGCUCUGCACCCCAGCUGCGGGGACAUGUUUGAGAAUGGGAGUUUCUUGAGACGCCGCAAAAGGUUCAAAGUGUUGACUACAUCCGAUCACUUGGCUCCCAGUAAGCAGUCGGAUGCUGCUCAUUACCUCCAGCAGCAAGCCAAACUGAGACUGAGCGCACUGGCAGCCACUGGCACACACCUUCCCCAAAUGUCAACGUACAACCUCGGAGUCUCUCAGACAUCAACUUUUAAGCAUCCGUUUGCCAUCGAGAACAUCAUUGCCAGAGAGUAUAAGGUCCCGGGAAGUCUAGCGUUCUCCACCAUGCAGUCCAUGUCUGCCGGGUACCCGCUCCACAACCAGCUGACGACAGCCUGGCCUCACAUGUACAACACCAGCGUGAUUGACACGGCGGCCCCAAUCUCCAUGGCAAGCAGCGACUACAGUGCCUAUGGCGUGCCCAUCAAGUCCCUGUGUCACGGGGGACAGUCCUUACCGGCUAUUCCCGUGCCAAUCAAGCCCACCCCGACCUCCAUGUCCGGUUUCUCGGCUUUACCUCCGCACAUCCCCGCGUUUCUAUCAAACUCUCCACAGUCUCUGAGCCCGACGUCCCCACAGACAGCGACGAGCCAAAGCAGCCCCGCAACCCCGAGCGAGACUCUGACGAGCCCCUCCACACUGCAGUCUGUGGCUGUGCACUGA